CUGUCUGUGUGUCUCUGUGUGUGUCUCUGUGUGUGUGUGUGUGUGUGUGUGUUGAAGGUGGCUAUGGCAGAGGAGGCCCACAGAAACCCGGUUGCUCAAAUCUCAGUCACCAGAAACGGAGAAGCAGACAAGAGUCACGAGGAAGUGUUUCAAACGGAUGUGCCACAUAAUGUCUUCUCUGGACCAAUCACAUCACACUCCCACAAUUCACCUGAAAACUAUGCAGUGAAUGAGGGAGUGGUCCAAGUGGGGCCGUACACAGGUGCUUUGACAGAGCAGCAGACGGCAGGAGCAGUGGUCCUCGCUGAUGACAUAAAGAGUCCUGCUAUAGAGAAGCUGGAGCUGAUGAGGAAGUGGAGCGUCAACACGUAUAAAUGCACUAAGCAGAUUCUGUCAGAGAAGUUAGGACGCGGCUCUCGUACGGUUGAUCUGCAGCUGGAGGCUCAGAUUGAGGUUCUUCAUGACAACAAACGAAAGUACGAGCAUGUUAUCAAGCUGGCGCAGACGCUUUGCUCUCAGCUGGUGCAGAUGCUGCAGACGCAGAGACAGCUGGGCGACGCGUUUGCAGACCUUAGUCUCAAAACACCCGAGCUACAUGAGGAAUUCGGCUACAAUGCUGAAACCCAAAAGCUCCUGGCGAAAAAUGGAGAAACUCUAUUUGGAGCUAUCAACUUCUUCAUCUCCAGUGUUAAAACUCUAGUGGAUAAAACUAUAGAGGACACCUUGAUCAACAUUAAGCAAUAUGAAGCAGCAAGGAUUGAGUAUGACGCGUAUCGCACAGAUUUAGAGGAGCUCAAUCUGGGUCCGCGGGAUGCCAACACGCUCCCAAAAAUCGAGCAGUCUCAGCAACAUUUCCAGAUCCACCGCGAAAAAUACGAAAAGAUGCGCAUCGACGUCUCGGUCAAACUCAAGUUUCUGGAGGAGAACAAGGUAGGCGAAUGUAUCUAA